CAUAUUGUCAAGGUUGGUCAUUAACUUCUCUCUCUUUCAGAUUCAAUACGUGGUCUAUUUGACAGUCCUUCAGGUCCAUCGACCACCUCGACAUCUGAGUACCUAGACACGUAAAAGGCCAUUGUCGCAAUAUACAACAUGGGCUUCAAACUAGGGCCUAAGCAGCCCUACUUCGGCUUGAAGGGUGGAUGGCUGACAUUCUGGAUUUCUGUUGCUUGUGCAACGGAUAUGACGCUGUUCGGCUACGACCAGGGCGUCUUCGGUGGUGUUAUCGUGACUCCUGAUUUUCUCAAGGUUCACAACCUUGGAGGCGAUUCGAAAACAUCACUCUUAGGCACGGUUACUGCGAUCUAUGACAUCGGCUGUUUCUUCGGCGCUGUCACUGCUGUCUGGCUGGGAGAGAAGCUGGGACGAAGAAGAUCUGUCCUGGUGGGGACUACCGUCAUGAGUAUCGGCGCUAUCCUCCAAAUCGCUUCCUUCAGUACUGCUCAAAUGAUCGUUGGCCGUAUUGUUGCGGGCAUAGGAAAUGGCAUCAAUACUGCUACAGCCCCUGUAUGGCAGACAGAGACUUCUGCAAUCAAAUGGAGAGGCAAACUCGUCGUCAUCGAGCUCAUUCUCAACAUCGCAGGCUUCUCAUUGUCUAAUUGGGUGACCUAUGGCUUCUCCUUUGUGCCAGGAGGAAUAGCAUGGCGCCUCCCUCUUGCCUUCCAGUUUCUCUUCAUCUUCAUCCUCUUCAGCACAGUACCGUGGCUGCCAGAGUCACCUCGAUGGCUCAUCGCCCAUGACUACGAAGAUGAGGCGUUCAAGAUCCUCGCCGACCUCGAAAACAAAUCAGAAGACGAUCCCUUCAUCCUCGCUCAGCAUAAAGAAAUCGUCUACACUGUCCAGUACGAACGUGAAAAUGCCGUGCCCUGGUCCAAACUCCUCCGCGGGAAGACGGGGGAUAAAGGAGGCACGAAGACGAUUCGUCGUCUGCUCCUCGGUGCCGGUACUCAAGCCAUGCAACAAUUGGCUGGUAUAAAUGUGACCAGCUAUUACCUGCCUACCGUGCUCAUCAAGUCGGUCGGACUAGGGGAAAAGAUGGCAAGACUGCUUGCAGCCUGCAACAGCGUGUCUUACCUCCUUUUCUCCCUGAUCGGCAUCCCUAAUGUUGAAAGAUGGGGUCGUCGCAACAUGAUGAUUUUCGCGGCUUCCGGGCAAUGUUUCUGCUAUUUUAUUAUUACGGUCCUACUCCGAUUCAACGAGAAACCCGGCUAUCCCCAUGCGCAUGAGGUGGCGAGCGCUAGCGUAGGAUUCUUCUUCCUGUACUAUGUGUUUUUUGGUAUCGGAAUGCAAGGUGUUCCCUGGUUGUAUCCUACCGAAAUCAAUUCCCUGGCAAUGCGUACCAAGGGUGCAGCCGUUGGGACUGCAACGAACUGGAUAUUCAACUUCAUGGUGGUCGAGAUCACGCCGAUUGGAAUCCAGAAUCUUGCGUGGAAAUUCUACAUCAUCUGGACCGUUUUGAAUGCUUCAUUCGUCCCGAUACUAUACUUCAUCUACCCGGAAACCGCUGAUCGUUCGCUCGAAGAUAUCGACGAGUACUACCGGACGAACCCGCCUUUGCUUGUCUUCCGCGACAAAGACGUAACGUGCAGCAAGAGGCCGGAGAAAUACAGGAUCAGGGAGGAGGAAGAGGUCAGGAGAGCAUCUUCGGCUGAUCCAUUGGCUUUCAGACGUAGUAGCAAGGUUGGCAUGAGCGAGUCUGGUGCCAUGGCCAGGCAUAUGCACUUGGCUACGGCAAGACAUCGUGAACAGGAAGACUAUGAAGGAAAGACGGAACCAGGGGACAUUGAUCAAGAGCGGUAUAUGCACAAGGAGGAUGUGUGAAUGAGGUGUGCAGGCUCCUGGAUUGGCUCGUGAACAUGAGAGACCCUCGACCAUGGCACCCGGGAUGAUAGGAGGUCAGCUGGACGACGCGUGGAGCUUGUUCUGGUUACCGUGUUUGUGCCGAAAACUGUUGAUAUUACCACUAAAGGAACGUACACUUGCU